CUCAUCAUCAUGAACUUUAAACCCCAAGUUCCACAUGUCAGACUGCAGAUCCUGCUUAUCUCAGCUGAUAAGUUUAAAGCUGUGCGUGUUCGCAGGGGUAUAAAAUGCAGACAGAAGCCAACAGCACUCACAGGACAAGCACCAGCCACAAGAAGCACAGGUAAGAGAUUACAACAGACUUGGUGAAUAGCCAAUGCUCCCUUGUGUGGGAUUCCUGGGGCAGCUUUCCUGGCACUGGAAAUCUGGCUUCAUUUUUGAUGAUAAAGAAGGAGGGAGCGAUCAUUUUAUUUGGAUGAAUUUGUUUUUUCUUCUCCGUUUCCAAGAUUAGCUCAGUCUAAUCUUAUUGAAUCUGCUUAUUCACUAAACAUCGAAUUGUAGUGAAUUGGAAAACAAUAUUUCAAAGCGUAGAAAAAAAAUGUUCUGAGUACAAAUGAUUCUCCACUUCAGCCACAGACACAAAUUUACUCUGUUAGCAAGAAUGUUUUAAUUCGGUGUUCAUUUCACCACAAUUCAAUGUGUAGCGAACAAACUUAUUCGAAAGUCAUUAUAUAGAAAUAUCAUCCUAUUAUAAUAACUGAGAGAAAUAGACCUUUCAUAUUAACCCAUUUUUAAUAUCCACUCUCUUUCUUAAUUGUAUAAUAAUUAAUGACUAAUGUUUACAUGUCCAAAAUAAAUUUUCAAAUGUUAUUUAAAAAUACAUUUUUAUAAUGACUUUGAGGCUGAGAAUUUGAAUCCUGCUCGAAGUGAAUCUUCAAACAGGAAUGAAACAUUAGGCCUUUAUUGCCAGGAUUAACCCCCCUCAUUGCUGAGGUGGCCUGAUCUGUUUCUUACUUUAUGAUGUUUUUUUAAUAUGGUUUUGUUGUGAUGAUUAAUAGACAGGAAUCUUACUCGCAGCAUUUACGCGAGCCGCCUUAUUACGGGUUUGUUAUUAUUUCACUUUAUGAUAUUUCAUAUAUUACAUUAUACUUUAGAAACCACGAAAAUGACUUGGGACACAUUGUAACUGCACGUUUUCUCUGUAACUUUAUAAACGUUAACUUAAUGCUGUUGCAAAUGUUUCCAUUGACUUGCUGAAGAGCCCCAAGAGCCCGAAAUUGGCUGUGAGUGGAGAUUCUUUCCUUCCCAUUCCAAAAUGUUCUACUUCUCUCUGAAAAUGUUAAAAUAGCACAGGGCAAAAAUGUGGUUGCUCUUUCUUAAGAAGCUAUUUACUAAAGUAGAAAUUGUUGGGAAUUCACCAGGGAUUUUCUAAAGUUAAGGACAACUCUAUUUUUUAUAGUCUGCCUGCAGCGGCCUAAAAUUCUCGGUGAAUUUUUUGCACUUCGUAGUUAUGUGUGUGUGUGUUUUGUAUGUUUUCCUUAUAUAUGCUUACAUAUAUAUAUUGUAUAUUUAUUGCUUCCCAUUCUGUUCUUUUGACUCUGUAUGUUAUGACAUGAGAUGAGCGCAUGGCUUUUCUUCAUUUUUUGUUAUUUAAAAUCUAUUUCAUAGAAUAUGUUUGUGAUUCUCGUUUCUUACUCUGUAUGUUUUACAGCUAGCACGAACAACUUGCAGCCAUGAGAGGCUUCGUUUUCAGUCUUGUACUGCUCUUCCUUGCAGGUAGGUAGUCAUGAUCACAGGAAAACACGUUUAAUGAUUAAACUGUUGGGUGAGCAUGAUGACAGCCAUCAGUUACAACAGUAGGAUCGUCAUAUCUUACACGCUACCAACCUAAAGGGUUACGUCUGAUAAUUACUGCUGGAGAGAUACCUGUUGGCAAGCUCUCCUCCAUACACUAAUAUCAUAUUUAUCCCUUGACUGUAUACUGUGUGAUUCUUUACACUGUAUAGAACAGAAUUAAUCCCCAACUGUUGCAGGACUGCAAUUCUCAUGAUUCUUUGAAAGCCUUAAUCUCUAGCCACUAAUGGUUACUAAAGUGUUGAUUCCCCUUUAACCAUUGUUUCUAAAAAAUCCCACAAAAAAAACCUCUUGAAAUAAAAUGAAAUGGAAUAUACAUAAUAUAAAGAAUGUAGUUGACAUCUGUGAUACCCCAGUUUAUGCUAAAUCCCUUCUAAGAUUUUCUAGAAAAACAAAAUGGCUUCUACCUGUUGCCCUAUCAUGGCACUGUGGCUAUGUAUAUUUGCUGAUAUAAGCUGUUUUCAUAGAAAAGUUUCUAGAAGAUACUUCGCAUUUUCAAAAUAUUUAAAACCUGUUUAGGUUAAGGUAUAUCCUGUUUUAUGAAGUUUAGCUCAUGGUUUAGACAGCUCCCUCUUUCAUAAAGAGUACAUAUGGUAACUCAACGGCAACAGUCUGACUGAGUUACAAAGACCUAUUAACCACAUGAAACCAUAAAAUAUAACAAUCUUUCGGUGUCAGUCUUGUUUUGGGCAUCUGUCACUAUUGUUAAAUCACAUUCAUUUUCUAUUAUUGUUCUCUACAGGAACCCAGGCUCGGUACCCUUGGCAGCAUGAUGAGCCCCACACUCCACUUCAGCAGGCCCGAGAGAUCAUUGACUCUUACCUAACCAAAGUUAAGGAAUUGGGCAAAGAGACCGUUAGCCAACUGGAUGAGUCAGGAUUUGGAAAACAACUUGAGUAAGUUGCCAGUUUCAAGCUGGGAAAUGGACCUCCCAAUAUUUCAAAUGUACAAAGAGGGUCUGGGUGGGGAUGUGGCCAGUGAUGGGGUAUGUUCUGAGAUAUUUUAAGUGACUUACUCAUAAUAAUUUAUGAAACUAAAAUGUAAUUUAGAACAAGAAGAAUGUAUCUUAUUUGUAAAGACUGAUUUCUAAACACAUUUAUUGUAAUUUAAAGACAUGUUGCUGAGAGUAUUAUUGCUCUGGAGUUCCAAAAAAAGAGUGACAGAGGGAAAUGGGCCCAGAAUAGAGACUGUUCAUCCUAAGUAGGGACACUUGGGAGGUAUGGAAAUGAAAGGGUGGAAUAAAGAUAUCAUUGACUUAUAGACAAUGAAAUUCACAAUGCCCAACAAUAAUAUAAUACGACGAAUGCUUGACCUGGUGCUGAUAAACUAGGCAUGGCUUUGAGAUUAGUCUCGAGUUAAUUAAUAGACAAUAAAAAUCUCCCUUUUAUCUAUAAGAAUAAAACUGUACUGGGCAGAGGAAAAUGUGAAAAAUGACUAUUUUCAUAGUAGAGUUUAUUUAAUAAAUUGCAGUAAGUUGUGCGCUGUCUGAAUAACAAAUUUGGGGCUAAAAUGGAAACACUCUCCUAUUCAGGGAUAGUCAUAAUUUGGCUAUUUCAGCCCGAGUUUCUAUUGAGGUUUCAGUUCACUAUAUUUUUUAGGGUUUACUGAAUAACCCUGAUUGGGGAUGAUAAUACUUGAUCCAAAUUAUUUACAAGUUUAUUUUAGGAUUCUAAUGGCAUCUUUGCAACUUUUUAAUUAACAUUGGUAAUGCAGUCUUUAUUGUUAUGGCAGAUUAAGUUAUUGAUGUCAUUUUUGUAAUUAUGCUAUGUUCUAACCCUUUCCAUUUAGACUGAAGCUAACUGAGAAAUUUGAGACCCUUAGCACAAAUGCCCUUCAGUUGAAGAAAGAGAUUCGUCCCUAUCUGGAUAAUGUCAGAGAGCAGGUGGCUAAGGAAAUUGGGAAAGACAUUCCGAUUAUCCAAGAGAAAGUACGUCCCAUCCUGGAAGCGUUCCAUAAACGAUGGAUUGAGGAAGUCAAGGCAUACCAGCAGAAAGUAGAACCCCUGGGUGCUGAGCUACGUAAGCAGACCAAGGAGAACUUCGAUGCCUUCAGAGCCAAGGUUCUGCCCUAUGCCGAGGAACUUAGGGACAAGCUGCGUGCUGAAAUUGACACCCUACGCGUUACACUGGGCCCUUUAGGUGAAGAAGUGAGACAGAAAGUUGCAGAGAAAUUGGAAGAACUCAAGGCCAACGCAGGUCCCCGUGCUGAGGAGAUCAGAGCCCAGGUUGCUCAACAGAUCGAAAACCUGAAAGAGAAACUCGCACCUCUGGCCCAGAAUCUCAGAGAACGUCUUCAGCCCCAUGCAGAGGAAGCAAAAAACAAGUUGGCUAAACUAGUGGAAGUAGUGAGGGCCAGGCUUAACCAGCAAGCAGCAUAAACCCAUUCCCUGUUCAAAAACUUCAUGAAGCCAUGGUGCUAUCGAAAUCAGUAUCUCUCGAUCCAUCACAUCAGUUUCUAUUCCUUUUACCAUACAAAUAGUACUGAUGAGAGAUAUUAUGUUAACAUGCUGCUAACUUACCAAUCCUCUUUUCACUUUGUGGCUCAGAAGAUAAAAUAUUAACAUGAUUUUAAAAUCUACUUUGCUGUUUACAUAUUACACAUUGCUUACCUCCUUCUUUAAAACAACAUACCUAUGAAUUCUAAGGUUUCAUUGACUAAAAUAAAAUGCGUUGGUAAUCUAUUGCUGGUGUUCUCUGUGU